ACUCCUUCUGUCCCUUCUGUCCCUUCUGCCCCUUCUGCCCCUUCUGCCCCUUCUGCCCCUUCUGUCCCUUCUGUCCCUUCUGCCCCUUCUGUCCCUUCUGCCCCUUCUGCCCCUUCUGUCCCUUCUGUCCCUUCUGUCCCUUCUGUCCCUUCUGUCCCUUCUGUCCCUUCUGCCCCUUCUGUCCCUUCUGUCCCUUCUGUCCCUUCUGCCCCUUCUGUCCCUUCUGUCCCUUCUGUCCCUUCUGUCCCUUCUGUCCCUUCUGCCCCUUCUGUCCCUUCUGUCCCUUCUGUCCCUUCUGUCCCUUCUGUCCCUUCUGUCCCUUCUGCCCCUUCUGCCCCUUCUGCCCCUUCUGUCCCUUCUGUCCCUUCUGUCCCUUCUGUCCCUUCUGCCUCUUCUGUCCCUUCUGUCCCUUCUGUCCCUUCUGCCCCUUCUGUCCCUUCUGUCCCUUCUGUCCCUUCUGUCCCUUCUGUCCCUUCUGUCCCUUCUGUCCCUUCUGUCCCUUCUGUCCCUUCUGUCCCUUCUGUUCCUUCUGUCCCUUCUGUCCCUUCUGUCCCUUCUGUCCCUUCUGUCCCUAUUGUGAAGGAGAAACAUCCGGUUAAUCCUUUGACUAGUCCCGAGACGUCGACGUCGGAAUAUGUAAUUAUGAGUCAGUUGUUCACGCUUGAUGUUAGAUAUGGACAAGUUAUGAGGUCGCUAGUAUACGCUGAAUAUGUUGAUUGUAAAUAG